CAGAGAGACGGAAACUGGAAGAGGACGAACAAGACAGAGAGACCCCAGGAUGUGAGGUGGUCCCAGGAGAACAAUCAUCAUGGAAACGAAGUGGAAACUGACCAGUGGACUCAGACACCACUCAGUGCCAACAGUGGGGGGAUAGAACAGACAGAGCUAACUUUGGGGACCAGGGAGGAGAGUCACGGCCGACCUGAGGUUCUGAACAGGAACCCCAACCAGAACUGGUUCACAUCCUCCCUUUCCUUCAGACUCUCCUCUCAACACAGCAAGAAAUACGACCUGGAAAAACUAGAGUCCACAGCUCAGAGGGAACACUGUCUACACAGUUCUCAGGGACCUGUAAGGGACACACCUAUAGCUCAAGCACAGGUGAAAAGAGAAGUCUCACCAUCAUAUUAUUUUGUACCAGCCAAUUGCCCUUCAGAGGAAGAGGAAGUGACAUCGCUUCCUUUUAAAGAGGAAGAGGAUUCCAAGACAGCCAUGUUGUCCUCCACGCUGGUGUCUGUUCUUGCCCCACAGUGGAGUGGGAGAAUACGCAGGAACAAGCGGGGCAUGGACAUUGGUGUGUUUGGCACGGCAACCAGUGAGUCUGGACAGGAAACCCAAGGUAACGGUCAGGAAGUGAGCGAGGGGGGUGUGCUUUUGAAGCCGCAAGUCCCUCUCGAGACAGACUCUGUAGGACAACGACGACAACAACAGUUUCUGGAGACCCAGAACCAACGUGUUGGGGAGAGGGGGUUGACCCUUGGAUCACAAGUCCAUGAGAGGGCUUCAACACUGGGUAGCAGCAGAAGCACAGUGGGGGGCUGGUAUGAGGGAAGCACCCCCAGCCUCAAACUGGACAACCCAACAAAGGCCCCAGUUUCUAAGCCUGUCUCUCUGGAUGUGAGUUGGGGGAGGCUGGCCAACAGAGGCGGAGAGGGGGGAGCUGUUUCCCCUGUUACUCCCAGCUCUCCCCUCUCUCCCGACCUGCAUGUACACAAGGGAAUGUUACAGGCAAGUUGUCAAGGAGCCCAGACAUCAUUGCUGAGUUCCAAACCAACAACCAGUAGCCUUCUUUUCUCUCUGAGAAGGCUCAACACUAUUGCGAGCUCUAUCCACUCAGAGACAAAUAUCUCAUCUCUAACCAAUGACAUAGAUGGAGAGACUUCAAGUCCACACCUCUCUCCAUCCACAACCAAUUACAAAGCAUCAGAGGCAAUUAGGGCACACCUUUCCUUAACCUCAUCCAAUGAUGGAGCCAGAGAGAGGUCCAAGUUCCUCCCCUAUUCAGCUGAUCCCACUUACAGGACAAUAGAGAGGUCAAGGCACCUCCCCUUACCAACUUCCAAUCACAGAGAAGCAAAUACACACAGGACACAACUAUUUUCAACCUCGCCCAAUUACAAAGACACAAAGGGCACACCCUUUACCAAACUUCCCCAGACUUCCAGGGCGUAUCCCAACCCAACCUUCCCCAGUAAGCAGACUCUUCUGUUUAGUGGUCUAGAGAGACUUUCCCCUUCAGAGAGACCAGAUGGAACCACGGUUCCCAUCAGUGAUACUCAUCUACCUUCCUCUCCACCGUCCCAAUAUGACCACCUGGAUUUUCAUGGGAGCCAGUCUCUUCCCAGAGGAACCACCCUGAGAUCUACUAGCUGGCGAAAGCAUAUUACUCUGGAGGAUAGUGUGUCUAAUCCCAGUUCCCCCCUCAGUCCCACUACCACCACCACUAUCAACAACAACAACAACAACACAUUCAGCCUCUCAAGCACUUCCAGCAAUAAUAACACGGGCCCCUCUAGCACCAAUGAUAACACUGGUGUCAAUCCGCAAAUCAGCAUCAAUAACAACAAUAAUUUAGUCACCCCCAACAAUACCAACUUAAACAGCAAUACUGUCACUGGCAAACACACACCUCAGAGCACCCUUAAAAUGACUUAUGUUCAAGAUAUCCCAGACCAGGAUUCCUAUAGAAUACUCAAAACUCAGAAUUCCCUUAACUCGAAUGACCGACAAUCACAAAAGCCCUAUUGUUUGUCCAAUAUCUCCUUCAGGUCUAACACCAGUAGCCCAGCUAGCUCGAGCACUUUGAGUAGCCCAAUAAAGUCCAGCAAGCCUGAUCGCUACAGUAGGCAAUGUAGUUAUGACACCAUCUAUACUCCUCUGACCGUAUUUAGCCCCAAGACUCCAACCAGCUCUGAAACCAGUGACACUCCAUCCUCCCUCAGUAGUCAUAGAACCCUUUAUUUGUCCCAUUCCCUGAACCCCUCUUCCAGACAGCUCUCCUUACAAACCAGUAUCGCCUCCACAUCUCUCAGUAGCCACAGACCCCUCUAUAGUUCCCGCUCACUCAAUACCUCUAUGAGACGAGACCCCCAAAACAGCCCAAAAUCUCCACCCCCAGUCGUCAGAAGCCAGAUUCCCAUAGUGAGUAACACCCACACCCCCACAUCCCAACUGCAGUCCCCUAAAACUGCUUACACGCCUACCACAACUCCCCAACCACUCCUACUUAAAACCGGAUGCGUCCCCAGUAUCCCGACCCGCUACACCCGACCGCUGUCCCCAGACAGCUAUACCCCCAUAUCCCUGAGUAUCCCCACCAACCAGGCCCCCUCCACCCUGCCCCUCUCCCCACCCAGCUCGUCCCCUCUGGUGGAAAGGACGUUCAUAGGCAGCCUUGACCUCUCCCCUAAGAAACACCAGCCCCAAGUGGAAGGGAGGGUAACAGCACAUAGAGCGUGGCAGGAGUCACAACUAAGGCUGUCACAGUCUCAUUCACCUCAGAGACCUCUGUCCCCAACCAGACCCCUCCGUAGUGUAGAGGGUCCCGCCAUCUUCUCCUCCCUGAGAUCGGGCAGCCCAACCUGGGCUACGUCACCUUUGUCUCCCCCAACCCCCAGGACCACCAAACUACAAGUUUGGAGGAGAACCUCGAUGCAUAACUUAUCCAUAAUAUCUGAUACAUUGGUGAAGGAGGGAGGGCAAGCUCUCUCAGAGCAUGUUAGCGACCACACUUCAAACGUCACAUUCAAACACACAGGAACCGACUCGACCGUAAUAGGACCACAGAGGAAGACCGCUGCCCCUCUCUCCCUUCCAGAUUUUGGGAGCUUUUCCAAGCCACGAUUUAGCUCCCCGCCCUAUUCCACACUCAAGUCUUCACGCCCAACACAGGGUGAGGUCACACACACAACAUCACACCAACCCCUUCUCUCACCCCCUACCUCACCCCAACACUACCCCUUCUACGGCCAUCACAGGGCUAGGUCACAGGACAGUUCAAAGAUUGUUGCCUUGAAAAUUGAUUGUGUCAACAACAACUCCAAACAGACCAGUCAAGAAAAUGUUGAGACACUUGUGUACAGGAUUUCUAAAGUUGAUUCCUCUGCCAUAUUGGACAGUAUUAGGCCUGCACAGCCCUGUUUUCCUCGACACACACCAGACACACGAGUCGUCACAGGGAUAAAGUCCAAUGAACUCUGCCGUCUACCUUCACAACACAGCCAGGUGAUUGGAAGUCCCAGCUGUCAAUCAUACCAAAGCUCCAAUGACAGUGGAGCAUUAGACAUUGAGAAGGUUGUGUGUAAAAGCGAGAGUUUCCCUAAGAGUGCAGCGGCUCCAUUACAAACCCAGAGCCCAAAGAAAGGCUUAUUCUCACUGAGAGGUAAGAGAGACAAUGUUGUUGGUACGCCUGCUGCCAAUAUCCCUAGAAACCCAGCGAUGCCUCAGUCUGAGAAACCAAAGAAAGAGUCCGAGAAGGAGCAAAAGGAAAGUAACAAAAUAGACCUGGUGCUGAGUCGACUCCGGCAGACCUUCAGAGUCAAACGUCUCGAUGACGAGAGGACGAAGAGAACACCCCAGCCUCCUCCUGUCAAAGGAGCCAGUGACAUUAGUGAUGUCACUGAGAGUAGUGGUUUGAGCAAUCGAGAAGAGGAGGACAAAUGGAGGCAGAAUGAUGGCGUACACAAACCUUCAAACUCUUUCUGGGCUGGCAGUGAGCACACGUCAGAUAUGACGAAGGAAAAUGUUAGGCGUAAACACUCACAGUUUGAGGGUUUUAAAGACCAUAUAGAGGCUAGAAACAGAGACCAGCCUUGUGUUAUGGAUCUUCCUCAAUUUGAGGCUUACAAGGACGAAAGGAUCACUAAACCCAAACACCAACCUUCUAGUAGCGAGAUCAGCCCAACAAGGCGGCAGUUUGAAGCUUACAAAGAGAAGAGGAUCAGUAGAGCCAGAAAGCAACCUCCUCAGAGAGACUUCAGCUCCGUUAUGCGUCAACCCUGGGACCCCAGCCGCUCUGCAACCCUCCCUGCCUACAGAACCUCCUCAGGCAGCACCAGAAACACUUUCUCUGUCUUCCACUUCAGCCAGAAGGACUCUGAGAACGAUAACGUGUUCCACAUUCCCAGGAUUCCUCAGAGGAAGAAGACCACCUCUCUCUGUGAGCCAGGGGACAGGGAGUUCGGUUCCGGUGAUCAGCGUGGCAGUGAGGGACGUCUGGCAUCCUUCUCCUCCUGUGCUGAUCUCAAAUACGGUCUUGAGGCUGGGCGUUCCUUCUCUGUGACUUCUGUGCUCUCCAGCCGUCCUUCGGGUCCUGGACGCAUCUCCUCAGGCCCUAGGGUCAGCAGUGUCAGUGACCUCACUUACCCUGCUCUGACCUUUGGAGAAGAGGUCAUGACUUGGGAUGACUGUAGGGUCAAAGGUGAUUGGACAAUACCAAGGUGGGACACACACACAACCACUGGCCACAAAACCACAGGUGACAGCCAAGCUGUAAAUGACUGGUCUGUCGUUAGUGACAGGACAUCCAGAAAUGAGCGCAAAACAAUCAAAGCUAAUUUUAUAAAUCCACACAAGGCUAGAUCCAAAUCCCUACCCAGAAAUGUAUCCUGGAGUUCAGAGGUCACCGCCCCAUCUCCAACCUCUACCACCACUGGCCGCAUGUGGAACCAUGGCAGCCUGGAGACCUCUCACUCCCUGUGGGAUACAGAGGGUCCUCCAACCCCCCCUCCGUCCCCUCCCUGGUCCCCAGCCUCCAGACGCAUAUCUCGCCCUCCCAGCUCCUCCUCCUCUGCCUCGCCCUCCCCCACAGACAGCAGGGCGUCACAGGACAGCCUUUCCCCUAGGGGGCGCCUACCCUCCAGGGGCUACGUCUCCAACUUGGCAGUCUUUGAGGAGUCUGACGCAGUCUUUGAGGAGUCCGACUCCAGGGGCUACGUCUCCAACCUGGCAGUCUUCGAGGAGUCCAACUCAGGCUCUGACAUGGACUCUGACACAACCACAGAUGAUGAAUACUACCUGGCAGGUGAUGGCGGCGAGAAGGAGACUGAACUGUGAGAAGAAAUACUGUAUGGGAUGCAUCUCAAUAGUCUAAACUGGGUCUGUCUGUCUCCUUUUGGUCUCCUUAUAUAGUAAGGAUACUUAUUUACACACCUAUUUAUGCUCACUAAA